AUGUUUAUUCUAAAGAUAUUAUCUAUAUGUGAAUUUCUGAAUAUUGAUCUUACAGAAAAGGUAAAUUAUCGUGGCACUGAAAUAAGAAGCGAAUAUCCACGGACUGGUUUGAACAAAAUUAAGUCAAAAAUAUGGUCAAAUGAAUUUAUAGAUCUGCGUAGUCUCUUGACGCACCAAGAGGAAGACCCAGUGACCUUACUGAUCACACCAGGGGUAAUAAAUUUGCAACAUAGUCAAAAGUCUAAAACACCUCUGUCCAUCAACCAAUGGACAGAUGCGUUUCUGGUUUUUACGUGUAUCGUUAUACAACAGAAACCCACUGAGGCUCCCCACCUGCUUAAGUACAUGUCAUUCAUAAGGGAGCUACAAAAACUUCAUGGGGAUUCAGCGUGGCGAUCAUACGAUGAGUCUUUCAGGAAGUUAAAGGAGACAGUAGACCUUCCAUGGCAAAAGCCAGUGGAGGAACUACGUGGUAAAUCAUUAGCUGUUUCCACAAAACAAUCUAAUGGGCAGCCGUUUCGUGGGAAACAGGUGGGGAGAAUCGGUGGGGUCAGAUUCUGCUUCGCCUAUAACCAAGGUAACAAAUGUAAGUCAACCCCCUGUCCAUUCACCCACAUUUGCCAAGCCUGUAGAGGUAAUCACCCCAAAAUUAAAUGUAAAUCUACAGAAAAAUCUGAACAUGAUAGGACCUCUCCAAACCCCAGUAAAGGCAAACAAACUAAAUGACCAUUUAAGGGGUUAUGAUGACCAAUUGAGAGAUUAUUUGGUAAAAGGUCUCAGUUUCGGAUUUUCCCUGGGAUGUGAAAACACUCCUACAGCGUCUUUGUCAAAAAACCAUAAAUCAGCUCAAAAUCACCCAGAAAUCAUACAAGAUCACAUACAAAAGGGCCUUGAGCUCCAUCGUAUAGCAGGACCUUUCCCAAACCCU